GAGGAGAACGCGGACUGAGCCCUGCCGGCCGCCGUCGCCGCGCUCUCCCCACGCCCCGCUCCGUCCCGCUCCGCCCCGCUCCAGCGGCGCCGGCGGCGAGCGGAGGGCAGCGGCGCGGCGGCGAUGGCCGAUUACUGGAAAUCUCAGCCAAAGAAGUUCUGCGAUUAUUGCAAGUGCUGGAUAGCGGACAACAGACCUAGCAUAGACUUUCAUGAAAGAGGAAAGAAUCAUAAGGAAAAUGUGGCCAAAAGAAUUAGCGAGAUUAGAAAGAAAAGCAUGGAAAAAGCAAAAGAAGAAGAAAACAUGUCAAAGGAAUUUGCAGCAAUGGAGGAGGCUGCAAUGAAAGCGUAUCAAGAGGAUUUGAAAAGGCUUGGAAUUAAGCCAGAUGAUGUAGGUCCCAGUUCAACACAGAAUAAAACGCAGAGUAACACAGCAGAAGGCAAAGUGAAGAAAGAAAAGAAAGAAAAGAAGGAAAAGAAGGAAAAGAAGAAAAAGACACCUGAGGGCAACUCAGAGUCACCAAAAACUGAAUCAAAGGAGUGGGUGCAAGGACUUUCUCCUGAAGGCUACACUUACUACUACAAUACAAAAACAGGAGAAUCACAGUGGGAGAAACCGAAAGGAUUCCAAGGCAACUCUAAAAAUUCGCUAACGGGAGCAGUGUGGGUAGAAGGUGUCAGUGAAGAUGGUCAUACCUACUAUUACAACACACAGACGGGAGUGUCCACAUGGGAGAAACCUGAUGGUUUUGUUUCAUCUUCAAAUGAGAACAGUCAGCGUGGCAAGCAUUCCAAAGAAGCAGAUUCCAGAGCAUCUGAAUCAGACUCCGAACAGGAAGGCAGUGAAAGUGAAGGACAAAGUCCGGGAACAAAUUUAAAGAAGAAAGGAGAAAAUGAUGAAGAAUCAGAGAAAUCUCCCAAAGCUAAAAAGCUAAGCCCUUAUGGGAAAUGGCGGGAAGUGAAGUGGCAGGAAGUCAAGUGGCAGGAGGAAGCUGUGGAUAAAGAGAAGAUUGCAUUGGCUUCCAAAGAAGCCUCCAGUGAUGAAUCUAAGAGCGACACUUAUGGAAAAUGGAAAGCAAUUAAAACUGAAGGAGAAGAAGAAGAAGAACCAGGUGAAAAAGUGGACCUGGAGCUUCCCAGUACAGAGAGUGACAAUAUACCGCCGCCGGUGCUAGAGGCUCCGGAAGAUGCCACGGUGAUAUUUAAGGAGAAGACAGUGACCUCCCUUGGAGACCUGACAGAAGGGGUGCCAACAUUUAAAAAGAGGAAAUUUGAAAAUGGAAAAUCCAGAAACUUAAGACAAAGACUAGACGAUCAGUAAUACUUGACAUUUUAGAUUCUGUUUAAGCUGGAGAGAAUCAGAAGUUUAAUAAUAUUUUAAACAGGCUUUUAUAAAGAAAAUGUUGGAUAGAAGUUAAGGAUUUAUAGCUAUUAUUAAAACAGACGUGAGUUGUAAUAUUUUUUUAUUUUGAUGUGACUGCUUUUGGAAUGGAAGUUUGUGUUAUAUUAAUUAUGCAAUAUUGUAAAUAGAUGUAUUUUUUAUUUUAACCAUGCCAUCUACGUUCAGUUUGCUCCAUGUAUGCUGUUUUAAAUACAUUGUGUCGGGUUUUUUUACUCCUUUUCUAAGUACAGGACAAUGUAGUAAUGCUUAAUCUGGGGAAAAUAAUGCAGACCUUUUAUUUUUACACAGGAACUGGAUCAAUGGCAUGGUCUAGAGAGUAAAAUCAUCCCUCAGCGUUAUUUAUGUGGAGCAGUUUCCCAGCUGAUGAAUUAAAAUACUGUGCUUCCUAACCUUUGGCUAAGCACUUGCUGAAGAGUAGGCGGUGAGUUCCAGCAUUUCAAGCAGAUCAGCUGAAAGCUGUUUGUAGGGGAGUUAGUCACAUCGGUGCCCCUCCUUUCAAACGGCCUUCUAAAACAAAGCAUUUGUGAACGUGCAUGAUGCAUUUAUUAGAGCUCUGCAGAAGAUAUAAAUCUGAGGAAUCUUAUCCUUUAAUAGCAGCUCUGGAACCACUUCUGUAGGAGUAAAUUUUUUCUAUGCUUUCAUCCUGGUGUAUUUUGCUUUGCUGCCUCUACUUGAAUUUUCUUCUUCUUACACAUCAAUUUUUCAUUCUUUUUGGCCUUGUUUCCUUUUUGUCUCUUUCUCUAUUAAAAAAUGGCUUGACAUUGUCAUGAAAAAAAUAUUCCAAAGAUUUACCCCUGCUGUAGCUUACAGCAACCUUUUUGAGGCUGAUGAUUUUUCUCUUUUGGUAAGAGGAACGCGCUGAGCAGUCGCAGAGAGCGUUAGCUAAGAUGAGAGGGGCUAAGCAUAUUGAAGCUUCAUUAUUCUGAGUGCUAUAGGAGAGGAAAACAAAAGAUUAAUACGUAGGGCUGAUGGCUGAAACGUCCUAGCUGGCUGCUCAGCUUAUUAGCAGUUGACUAUGUAAAUGCUUAAACAUUUUCUUAAGGAUUCUAAGUUAGAUUUCUUAAUCUGGUGGAAUAGGCUAUCAUUAGCAUUAUCAAGAUUCAUUGGCUGUGUGAGAAGACAGCAGUACAUCCUGCUUCCCUGGCUACCGAACGGUGAGCCACAAAGCUUCUGAUAGUACAACCAUUCAAAUAUAUGUGUCCAUUUCUAAAGCUCACAGCAUUUUGCUCAGGGGUGCCUCAGAGUUAAGGCAGUCGGCGAUGUCCGGCUACAGCAAACUACAGUUGAUAAGUGCUGAACUUGAUUUCCUUGAGAAAAUGAGCUCACCUGUCAGACCAGCUGACACAGGAGUGGGAUUCUGAUCUAUCAUAUAUUGCAAAGGAAGCCGAGGUGCUUUCUUUUACUUGUUUUGUAUUUUGUGAUGUUUGCUGUGUGUGUAGAAGAGAAGUAUUUAACUUAAUCCUAUGGGUUUCUUUGGCUUCUUUGUCAGGGUUGUAGUUCUUCUGAUGUUUGUUUUGAGAAAUCCAAAUAUUUUCUCUCAUGUCCAGCUCUGCAUUUUCACUUGGAGAUGCAGGAUGACUGCUGGCUGCUCUCGCUGUCGUAGAUGCAGGAAUAUGGACUUCUACUCCACAGGAAAGGCUAGAGCAGAAAUCUCCUUUCUCCUUUCCUCCUGCCUCAGCUGCAUAGUGCUGGCAGGUCAAGGCCACAUGUGAUGCCACCAGUACUUCUGUAGUGUAUUGUGAACAAUUCCUGAUACAUCCCUCAACCACAUUUGCCUUCCGCAUGAUCGCAUCGUGCUGUCUGCUGCAGGUGCCCUGUGACUGACCACUACAAGGGGCUCUUUCUGCUCCUCUGCCGCUGCCAGUUACUGAGGUAGCAGCUGAUCAGGCUUUGCCUUUGUAUGAACAUUUUUUUCUUAUGAGAUUUUUUCCUGCUGUACUCAUUCUGUGCUCUUUCCUUUGCCCUGCAGUAUUUGUGUUACUCCAAGCCUGAAGUAUAUUAAAUUAUUUUCUUAUUAGUGUUCUUUUUAGGCUUCAGUCCUCCAAAGAAGGCUUCUUUCCUUUUUUAGUGAGGUUCCCAGAAUGUUAGCAUCUGUUCUCUGAAACGUUUUGUCGUGUUGAAGUGGUCAUAGGCAGUGAUUUGCCAUACCUGUAGCUACAUUCCUUAAGCAGAUGUUGAAAAACUUGUUUCCUUGAGCUGCUGUCAGCAGCAAUGCAAACCAAAGGUCUUCCUAAGGUACAGCGUUUCAUCAAUAAGCCAAAGGGAGUGUUUGCAUGAGGAAAAAGGAUUCAGUGUCUUCUUUGUUUGUCACUCAUCAAGUUGGAUGUGACAGCAUAUCCCUGCCUUCGCUGAUGUGACUUCUGAUGCCAGCAUUUCACAGAUGUUCCCCUCCCUGCUACCUCUGAAAUUCAGUUUGAAGAGAGCCCGUGGUACGUCCCCAAGCGUACUGACAACCAGCUGAAACAGAGGUGGUGCUUACAGACCCUGUUUGGCUUUGCACUGUGCUUCUGAUAACCUCGUUGAGUCUCUAAACCAAAUGCUUUCACUUGUAUACAAAACUGCUGUCUUGUGUAAGAAUCGCGGCAGACAAUGGUGUUCCAAGUCAUCUGCUCUGCAGAGAUAUCUCUCCCUUCUCUGCUAUCUCCCUGCAAAAUCCUCUGCCUUUGGAAUUUGCCAUAGGAAUCCUAUAGGCAUUAUCAAAGUUACACUCCUCAUCUGCUAAUCCUCCCCUGGGCUGCACUGGCUUCUGACAAAAGAAUGCUGCUCUCACUGUUUCAGAAGGAGAGCGUUUUGUUUUCUGACUAAUCCCUUUCCUAUCACGCAGCACGUUUGUCUGCCUGCCUGCUUGUUCUGCCCAUCCCUUCAGCUAGGGCUGCGCCUUGGCUUCACGGCUGCCAUAGGCACCGCUAGCGCUGUGGGGAAGGUAGGCGAAGAGAAAGGGGUGAAGGGGAUUCACUGCAAUCUCUGAUGUGUGAACGUGGGCAAGUCAGCGCACUGCGCUGUAUUUUUCUCUUUCUUGCAUUACCUGUCACCUGUCUGCGUGCAGGUGGAGCUUUGCAGCCCAUCUUUGCUGGGUGUGUUACAGCAGGGCCUGGGCCUGCCCAAAGCUGACAGUGCUUUUAGAAGCAAGCACGUUGCAUCUACUAAAAGAUUAUUGUGUUUGGCGUGGAAUUCAGCAUGGCAGGAGCUGUGCAGAGACCACCUGUUCAGUCCAGCCCAAGCUAUGAAAUUACCCUUGUGCCUAGAAGCUACAUUUUAACCCUCCACCCAGGAACGUGUCAAUGGAAGUCCAGAUUUUCCCAAUUUAGUAAACCUUUGUGGUUGAUUGACCCUUGUAGACAAAACCUGUGCCGCAGCGCCAUGCAAACGCAGUGCUCAGCUUGAGAAGAUGGGAGGGUUGGUCAUGGUGUGGGUCUGAGUUAAAUUCACUGCCUGUGCAUUUAUAAAUGGCUCUCUCCCUUUUCCCCCUGAAAAUAAUGUUCUUCCGGUGCAUAUUUUGGCAUCUCAGAAAAGGAGUAAAAAAUUGAUUUUAAGCCACUUGGCGUCCUUGAUUUGAGUUGUGCCACCCCUUUUUAGUACCUUUCUAAAUUAUUGGUGUCUUCCUCAAACUGUCUUCCUCCAGUAUUCCGAUAUAUGCAAAUCUACGUGUCACCGCUGUGCCGCAUUGCCAGUAAACACCUCCCCCUGUCCCCAGCCCUACUGAAGCCUUGGGCCGGCUCCAUGCUCUUUGAUUUUCUCAAGUAUUUGUUUUCCUGAGACAGAAUUCAUUCCACUCCUCAUACGGAGCUUGCAGCCCUUCCAUCCUUGCGCCUGUUGCUUCCGAGCUGUCCGUAUCCCUUCAGUUGCUGCUGCAGCACUUUGCUCCUGCUCUGUCAGGCACCUCUGUGCCAUCUCUCUUGUGUCCACCUCUCAAGUCGUCUCACAUUCUCCCUGCUGCUUGACCACGUGAGUCAUCACUGCACCAACCAAUCCAGCUUUGGGAUAUGACUUGGGAUUUUCAUCGCUUGUUUUACGGAAGGUGCAGUGUGGGACAUGGAGACGUUCAAAGCCCUCAUUUUCUUCUGUGUCAUCUACAAAGCCAAGCAGCUGUUCUCUGUAACAAAUUCUCUGUUGCAAUGACAAAAUACUACAAGUUAUUGAAGUGGAGUUUAUACAGAAAUACCAAAUAAAGCCUUUAUUGGAAUGACCUGAAA